UGCCCCCAUCCCCCACACUGUAAACAUCAAUAAAGGCAAACGGACGUUGGAGAUAAUCGAGAGGGAGAUAAUUGGAUGCUUCCUCUCUUUCUCAUGGCGGAUAUUACAACUUCCCAACCCAUUUGGCUUCCACUCUCUGCCUCUUGAUUUUCGCUCUAUUUUUUUUACUCUUCAUUCUUUUCAACAAAAAGCUUCAGAAUGUCUCUGGCUACAGCUUAUGCCAACUCUGCUCUUCACCUCAAUGACAAAAAUCUCAAAGCCUUUGCAGCUCCUACUCUCACUGGGUUCUUCGCCAGGGGCUAUCCCACUUCCCUCUGCAUGCGCCCGAGGGCAAAAUUACCAUCGUCAUUAACUGCCCUUGUUCCACGAGCAACAUCUACUACUCUAGAGCAGGAUGGCAGUACUAGUGAGAUUGAUACAAUUCCCACCCCUCAAGUUAUAAUUGACCAAGACUCUGACCAUGAUGCAACUGUGGUGGAGAUAACCUUUGGUGAUCGUCUUGGAGCUCUUCUUGAUACUAUGAAUGCCCUUAAAAACCUUGGGCUAAAUGUUGUGAAAGCAAAUGUCUUUUUGGAUUCUUCUGGGAAGCACAACAAAUUUUUCAUCACAAAAGCUGAUACCGGUAGAAAAAUUGAGGAUCCAGAGCUGCUUGAGGCAAUUCGUUUGACAAUUAUAAACAAUCUACUUGAGUAUCACCCGGAAUCAAGUUCCCAGCUGGCAAUGGGAAUAGCAUUUGGUAUGGUCCCACCAAAACAACAGGUUGAUGUUGAUAUAGCAACCCGCAUAAGCAUUAAUGAUGACGGUCCUGAUCGAAGCUUGCUUUACGUCGAGAGUGCUGAUCGCCCUGGAUUGUUGGUGGAUCUUGUAAAGAUUAUCAGUGAUAUUAACAUUGCUGUCGAAUCUGGAGAGUUUGAUACUGAGGGUUUGUUGGCUAAGGCUAAGUUUCAUGUCAGCUACAAGGGUAAAAGCAUCAUCAAGCCUCUCCAACAGGUCCUGGUUAAUAGUUUGCGUUACUUCUUGAGGCGACCGACAACUGAAGAUGCAAGUUUUUGAGCCACUCUAGCAGCUGACCAACUAUCAGAACAAUAUAAGCCUGCUUACAGGUAAAGAUAUUCUCCAUAAGUAUUUGGAUUAUAAACAAAUGAACUUGUGAUGUAAUUGCGGCGUAAAAUGAUAUCCAAGAUGUUGUAUUCUGGUAACCCGUAUUGUGAAAAGUGCAACUACAUAUACAUUGUCUUCAACUUCUUGGUUCUUGACUCAUGUAGCCGAACCCCCAAACUUUUGGUAUAAAAACUCAGAUGAUGAUAAUAAGAAAUUACGAUUAUCGAGGA